AUGGAAGUCAAUGAUUUGUGGCAGAGAUUCGAGAGACUUGUAGUCUGUAGAUAUCAUGAAGAUUGGUUCGAACUGAGAACCGAAGAAAUUCAAUUCGAUUCUUCAAAGCCUGAAAAAACUCUUCGUGUUACUCUGAAACAUCGAUGCACGUUAGUGAUCAAGUUAACUGAUCAAAACAGACGCAAAAGAAAAUCCGACGCACCAUUGGUAGUCGGAUUGAUAAAUAUUCAUGAAGUAACCAAAAAUAAUCAAAUUGGAAAGCUUAUUCUGUCGUGUACCGUUGAUUUAGACUGGUUGAGUCUGGAUCCAGAAAAUGGAUUCGUCGAGACUGAUUCGUUUGAUUUGGACCCGGGAAACUACUUUGUUAUCUUCACUUUCAUAUCAAAAAAGCUCCCUUUUGAAUAUGAGUUCAUUAUAAAAAGCUCAUCUCCAAUCGACCAUAUUUCGUAUGACUUUGUGACUUUCGAGAACAACUUAGCUUCUCAUAAAUCACUUCUGAGAAUGAUUGAAUCUGAAAAAUGUGGAAUAGAAAUACGAGAAGGAUUAGUCCUUCAUGAAUAUUCUCGAGACAACUUUUUGGUUCUUAUGGCUGAAAACAAAACAAAGGAUCCAAUUUGUAUAAGUGUUAUUGCAAAAUGUGAUUUGAAACUUUGUUCGAUUCACGGAAUUGACUCUGAAGAUUUUGUGAAAAUUGUCCAAGAACUCAACGAGCCGGCAGACCAUUCCGCCGUUUACCUCACCAUCCCUGCCAAAUCAAAAUGUGUUAUUGGAACUGUAUGCGCUUUUUCUGAUAAAAUGAAACUGGAAAAGCAAACCGAAGAAACCUAA